AAUUUUCAUUACAAUAUAGCCCACCUAAAACAAACGCGUUUCACAUCAUAUCAUCACCAGCCCAACUGUUCGCCCUAUUUUCCCUCUGAUUUCGUGCACUUUCCGGCGACUAGCUCCAUCGAUCUUCUCCUAUCCCAACAGCGUUAAUUUCGUCAGAACCUGCCAUCGAAAAGUAAUACUGUGUACUUUCUUUCUUCUUCUUCUUCUUUUUUUUCCCUGUCAGUUGCGAGUUAAUUUGGAUUGGGAUAUGGUCGAUUUCGAUUUGAAGAGCCCAUCUUUUGUUGUGAGUUGAUCUUUUUAGAAUUUUAUUAGUUGAUUAGGUGGGUUUUUGGUAUGUGGGUUGCUCUGAACUGGAAUCAAGGAUUUGUGGGUGUACUGUUUUUGGACUUUUGGGGAAGGACUGAGGCUGAUUAGUAAAGAGCAAUUAAGGUCGUAUCCUAAAUUCGGGGGCUUUUACGAGUUCUGAUCUGAAAAUCUGAUUGGAUUCGUGUGUUGGCUGUGUACUGAAUUGAUUACUCAUCCUUUAAAGCUUGGAUAGUUAUUUUAUCUCUAAGUUUUAGUCAUGGAGACGAGAUUUGGAAGUGAAGCAUAUCGUCUAUAUGGUUUGGGUACUGUGGAUUAUCCAGUGGUGGGGAAAAGGGCUGAAUGGGACUUGAAUGAUUGGAAGUGGGAUGGGGAUCUUUUAGUUGCUACUCCAUUGAGUCCGGCAUCUUCCAAUCAAGUUACCCACCAGGUUUUCCCUCAUGCGAUGGGAAAUUCUUCAAACAGCUCAUCAUCAUGCUCUGAUGAAGUGAAUCUGCAAAUUGAGAAAGGGACUAGGGAAUUGGAGAAGCGGAGACGAGCUGUUGUUGUUGAAGAUGACAAAUUGAACGAGGAUGAAGCAGGUAGCCUUAGCUUGAAGCUUGGUGGGCAGGAUUAUCCAAUUAGCGAAAGGGAUAGAGGGAACGGGGAGGGAAUGAGUGGGAAGAAAACUAAGUUGGUUGGGGGUACCACCAGCCGUGCAGUUUGUCAGGUGGAGGAUUGUGGGACUGAUCUGAGCAAUGCCAAGGAUUAUCAUAGGCGGCAUAAGGUUUGUGAGAUGCAUUCCAAGGCCAGCAAGGCACUCGUGGGGAAUGUUAUGCAGCGAUUCUGCCAACAGUGUAGUAGGUUUCAUGUACUUCAGGAGUUUGAUGAGGGGAAGAGAAGUUGCCGUAGACGUUUGGCUGGUCAUAAUAAACGGAGGAGGAAAACAAAUCCCGAUGCUGUUGCUAAUGGGAAUACUCUCAAUGACGAUCAGAACAGUGGCUAUCUACUUAUAAGUCUCCUAAGGAUUCUUUCGAACAUGCAUUCCAAUAAAUCAGAGCAAACUACGGAUCAAGAUCUGCUUUCACAUCUUUUGAGGAGCCUUGCCAGCCAUUCUGCUGAACAUGGGGGUAGAAAUGUAUCUGCCCUCUUGCAGGAACAUCGGGUUUUGCUGAAUGAUGGGAAUUCAAUUGCGAAUUCAGAGGUAGUCACUGCUUUGCACUCAAACUGUCAAAGAGCUUCAAGUCCUUUUAAACAACGUCUAACAGGCCCUGUUUCCGAAAUGCCACCGCAGGGGGUAUGUGGACAUGUUGCUGUGGCUGCACCUUUGCAGACAUUUUCUGCGGAGCCCAGCACAAGUAACAAAUUGCCUGCUUAUUCAGAAGUUCGGGAGAGUAUUGCAGAGCAGACGAAGAUUAACAAUUUUGAUUUGAAUGACGCUUAUAUUGACUCGGAUGAUGGCAUGGAAGACAUAGAAAGAUCACCUGUCCCUGCAAAUCCAGGCACUAGUUCCCUUGAUUGCCCGUCAUGGAGACAACAAGAUUCUCAUCAGUCGAGUCCCCCCCAGACAAGUCGUAACUCAGAUUCAGCAUCUGCACAGUCACCUUCUAGUUCUAGUGGAGAUGCUCAAAGCCGCACUGAUCGGAUUGUUUUUAAACUAUUUGGUAAGGAACCAAAUGAUUUUCCUCUUGUACUGCGAGCACAGAUUCUUGACUGGUUAUCUCACAGUCCUACUGACAUCGAGAGCUACAUUAGGCCUGGCUGUAUUAUUCUGACAAUUUAUCUUCGUCAAGCUGAAGCCGCAUGGGAUGAACUUUGCUCUGAUUUGAGCUCCAGUUUGGGUAGGCUUCUGGAUGUUUCGGAUGACACUUUCUGGAGAACUGGAUGGGUCUUUAUCAGGGUGCAGCAUCAUAUAGCAUUUAUUUACAAUGGUCAGAUUGUUGUUGACAGAUCCUUACAUCUCAAAAGUAACAACUGUUCAAAAAUUUUGAGUGUGACACCAAUUGCUAUAUCUGCAUAUGAGAGUGUUCAGUUUUCAGUUAAGGGUGUCAACUUGUCUCGGCCUGCAGCAAGGUUGCUAUGUGCUGUGGAAGGAAAGUAUCUGGUUCAGGAAGCUACUCAGGACUUGCUGGAUGCUACUGAUAAUAUUAAGGAAAAUGAUGAGCUCCAUUCCAUCAAAUUUUCUUGCACUAUCACAGCAGUGACUGGAAGAGGAUUCAUUGAGAUUGAAGAUCAUGGUUUUGGCAGCAGUUUCUUUCCAUUUAUAGUUGCAGAAGAGGAUGUAUGUACGGAGAUCCGUAUGCUUGAGAGUGCUAUCGAGUUUACUGAAACUGAUGCAGAUGUUGAGCUGACUGGAAAGUGUGAAACCAAAAAUCAAGCCAUGGAAUUUCUUCAUGAGAUGGGUUGGCUCCUCCAUAGAAGUCAAUUAAAGUGCAGACUGGGCCACUUGGAUCUUGACGCUGACCCCUUUACUUUAAGACGGUUUAAGAGGCUUAUAGAGUUCUCAAUGGAUCACGAAUGGUGUGCAGUAGUGAAAAAACUCUUAAACAUAUUAUUUGAUGGCACUGUGGGUGCAGGGGAGCAUCCAACACUGAUCCUUGCAAUAUCAGAGAUGGGUCUCCUUCAUAGAGCUGUGAGGAGGAAUAGUAGGUCGCUGGUGGAGCUUCUUCUUAGAUAUAUCCCUGAAAAGGUUUCAGAUAAACCAGGGUCAGAACACAUGGUGCUGGUUGCCAGAAGUCCUCAGAGCUUCUUAUUUAGACCAGAUGUUUCCGGCCCUGCAGGUUUGACCCCUCUUCACAUUGCAGCUGGGAAAGACGGUUCUGAGAAUGUGCUGGAUGCAUUAAUUGAUGAUCCGGGAAUGGUGGGAAUUGAAGCAUGGAAGAGCGCUCGUGACAGUACGGGCUUCACUCCUGAGGAUUAUGCUCGUUUGCGAGGCCACUACCCAUACAUCCAUCUCGUUCAGAGGAAGAUAAACAAGAGAGCUGCUGCUGGGCAUGUGGUGGUAGACAUUCCAGGCUCCGUCCCAGAAUGCAAAUACAACCAGAAGCAAAAUGCAGUGUUGGCUACUAGCUUCGAAAUUGGACAGACAGCAUCGAGACGUAUUGGACUGCACUGCAAGCUCUGUGAUUCUAAGCGAGCUUCUGGAAUAGCCAGCAGAUCUAUGGUGUAUAGGCCGGCAAUGCUCUCAAUGGUGACUAUUGCCGCAGUCUGUGUUUGUGUGGCACUUCUAUUUAAAAGCUCUCCUGAAGUUCUUUUCGUGUUCCGUCCCUUCAGGUGGGAAAUGUUGGAAUAUGGAACAAGCUGAGGCCCACUAACUCCCCUGUUUGAUAGGUGUUUUGCCAUUUAUAUGUUCCAGCUUGUAGACUGUAUAACUCUGGUGCUAUGGACAUACUUCCUCCUAUUCAGUAAUAUUAUUGACAUAUUUAUUGUAUUGCUGACAAGUGAAUGUCUGUCUACUCAUGUCUUCAUGUUUUA